AUGGCCCCCAUCACCACCAAGCCUCGUUCUAAUAUCUGUUUCCUCCUUCUAUUGCUUCUCUUACACUUCAAUUUGGGCAAAAGCCAACUUCAGCUGAACUACUACUCCAAGAGCUGCCCAAAGGCUGAAGAGAUCAUCAAGCAACAAGUUACCGACCUAUAUAACGAGCAUGGAAACACUGCCGUUUCGUGGGUUAGAAAUCUCUUCCAUGAUUGCAUGGUCAAGUCAUGCGAUGCUUCCCUACUGUUAGCGACGGCACGCGGAGGAGUAGUGUCGGAACAGACGUCGGAGAGAAGUUUUGGGAUGAGAAACUUCAAGUACGUAAACACCAUCAAAGCGGCUGUUGAGAAAGAAUGCCCCUUGACAGUGUCAUGCGCUGACAUUGUUGCUCUUUCAGCUAGAGAUGGCAUUAUCAUGUUGGGAGGCCCAAGCAUUGAAAUGAAGACUGGACGAAGGGAUAGCAAAGAAAGCUAUGCAACAGUGGUGGAAGACUUCAUUCCCAACCACAAUGAUUCCAUAUCCUUAGUGCUGUCUCGUUUUCAAGCCAUUGGCAUUGACGUUGAGGCCACGGUUGCUCUUUUAGGAGCUCAUUCAGUGGGAAGAACUCACUGCAUGAAUAUGGUGCACAGGCUAUACCCCACAGUUGACAAAACGCUGGACCCUGCAUACGCUGAGUACCUUAAAAAACGGUGCCCAACACCUAAUCCAGAUCCAAAGGCUGUCCAAUAUGCGAGGAACGACCUGAAAACACCCAUGAUCAUUGACAACAACUACUACAAGAACAUCUUACAACACAAGGGCUUGCUCACUGUGGAUGAAGAACUGGCCAGUGACCCAAGAACCUCACCUUAUGUCCAAAAGAUGGCCCAAGACAAUGGAUAUUUCUACCAACAGUUCUCAAGGGCCAUUCUCUUGUUAUCAGAGAACAAUCCUCUCACAAGAGACCAGGGUGAAAUUAGAAAAGAUUGUCGCUACGUCAAUGCCAAUUAG